CACCAAACCCAACGGAACGGAGGGCCAAAUGGGUAAUAGCAAUAAUAUAAUAUUAAAACACAGAGAGAGAAAAUUCAGAAAGAAUAGCUCGGCCUCGGCAACUAGCAGUACAGAAAAUGUGCCCCUUCCCUUCCGAUCACUUCGGCAUGCGUGAUGUAGGUAACUAAGUCAGAGACCAGUCUCAGUUUCCUCUAGGACUCCUCCUCCCUCCCUCCCUCUUCUCUCCUUCUUCCUUCCUCCCUGUGCUCUGUCGUCCUUCUGCUUUCCUUUCCCGGUGAAAAAAGGUUCCCUAAAGGAGGGGGGGAAAAAGAUUAUACAAAGGCCUCGGUUUCAAAAUCGGAAGAGUUCGGUUCAGCGAAAUUCCGACCAUGUCUGAGGCUCUGAUCAAUGGCCUCGCCGGAGCCGGCGGUGGGAUCAUCGCUCAGCUCAUCACUUAUCCUCUUCAGACUGUGAACACUCGGCAGCAAACGGAGCGUGGCGUGGAGGAGGAACAAAAGAAGACUAUUGGCACCAUACAGCAAAUGUGCCAGGUUGUGAGGCAUGAAGGAUGGGAGCGACUGUAUGGAGGAUUAGCUCCAUCACUGGCAGGGACUGCCGCAUCGCAGGGUGUUUAUUAUUAUUUCUAUAAAAUAUUUAGGGACAGAGCUGAAGCUAAGGCACUUGAGCGUCAGAGGAAAGGGUUUGGUGAUGGAUCCAUCGGGAUGCUUUCAUCACUUGUGGUGGCUGCUUUAGCAGGGUCUGUAAAUGUGUUGAUGACAACCCCAAUCUGGGUUGUUGUUACAAGAAUGCAGACUCACACAAAAGCUGCAAAGAAAUCAGAACCUAGUAGCUCAUCAGAUGCUUCAGCUAAGCUUAUAGUUCCAACUGAUCCUCCUCCAUUUGGAACUUUUAAUGCGAUUCAAGAAGUCAUUGAUGAAGCUGGAAUUCCAGGUUUCUGGAGAGGUGUAUUACCAACACUGAUCAUGGUAAGCAAUCCCGCAAUACAAUUCAUGUUAUAUGAAACACUGCUGAAGAAGUUGAAACAACGACGCUCAUUGCUUAAGAAGGGUGAAGCCGGAGUAACUGCUUUGGAGACAUUUCUUCUCGGAGCACUGGCUAAACUGGGAGCUACUGUCGUAACCUAUCCUCUUCUUGUUGUUAAGUCACGCCUUCAAGCUAAACAAGUUACUACAGGGGAUAAAAGACAUCACUAUAAAGGUACGCUAGACGCUAUCUUGAAGAUGAUCCGUUACGAAGGUUUAUAUGGGUUUUACAAAGGAAUGAGCACGAAGAUCUGUCAGAGCGUGCUAGCUGCUGCUGUGUUGUUCAUGGUGAAGGAAGAACUCGUCAAGGGUGCCCGUUUCGUACUCACCGGGGGUGCUGCAAGCAAAGCACUGAAAUCAAAGCAUCCAUAAGACCAUUACAGCUCCACUCCACCCCACCCCUGCAAUCUCUUCAUGAUAUAGUUUUCCUGAUUCAAAAUCCACAGCCAAUUGUUAGGCUGAUGAAAUUAGAUAAUAAAGAGGUACCCUACAAUUGUUUGGUUUGUCAUUACAGUGAGGCUCAGGCAGCUUCAUUCCCAUAGUUUAAAAGUUCUGUAGUAUACAAAGAUUUACUAUAGGAAUUAGAGCAUGUGGAUCUAUAAUAAUAGUGUUUGAAACACAAAAACAAAAACAUCACUUGCGGUUUCUUGGUUACAUGUAUCAUGUAUGAGAUCAAACGUUAAUAUGUUUUUGUUUUUGAGGCGAC